GUCCCACAAACGAGCAGACGGAAAUCGCGAGUCCUCGACGUCCUGGCUAAUGAUGCUGCACGUUGCCCUCUCUGCUUAUGGGGAAUAUGUCGGAUCUUCGGCUCUACGCCGUUCUCCACCGACUCGAAAUGAGGAGAGAGAGAGAGAGAGAAAGAGGAUUCGUGCAUCAAGAUCGGAUCGAUUCUCAAGAACGAGAAAGUAAUGGCCCAUGAAAAUUCACGAGGUACGGAGCAGGGAGCGAUAGGCUGCGUGUGAAGAAAUACGUCAUAUCUGUCGAAAAUUUGGGCUAGUGCUUUAUCCGGCCAGGUGAAAUUCGACGAUGGAAAAGAGUGGUGAUGCAGACGUGGAAGGUGCAGUCGCAGUGAAACGACCGGAUAAAAUUCAGCGGAUAGAAUCUCUUAAGAAUUCGAAUUCUCGAACAACAACUAACCGAAUCGAACCGUGUCAAACCGAGUCGAGGAAAGGGCCCAUAGAGAGAUAAAAAGAUAGAGAGAGAACCUCGCUCGAUUCCACCCCCUUUCAACCGCUUUAUCUUCCUUCCUUCGAUUCGAAAGGCCUUAGGCCGCACGUUCGAUUCAUCGUUCCAUCCUCGAAACCAGAGAGAGACAGAGAGAGAGA